AUGAAACGGAAACCUCUUGUGAUCGAAAAUAAUGGACGAGGAAGAAGAAGAAGCGCACUUGAAGGCGGCGUUUGGCGAUUCGUCAGACGAUGAGCAUCUCGCAGAUCGCGAAACGAAGGCGGUUUGGGAAAGAGUGGAGAAGAUCAAUGGUUUAUGGCUAUGUAGAAACUUUCUCUCUGUUCAUCAUCAGUCUGAUUUACUCUCCGCCAUUCUCAACGAAGGUUGGUUCGUUGAGGAAUCUAUUAACCAGGCGAUGAGAUUUGGUGAUCUGCCUUCAUGGGCAACAGAACUAUCUGAGCUCAUACUCGAGUCCGUGGAAUCUGUUGAUCUUCCGGUGUUGCCUGCUGAUUUGCUGUGUAGAGAACCUCUGUUCGACCAGCUCAUUGUCAAUUUAUACCAACCAGGUGAGGGGAUUUGUGCACAUGUUGAUCUGCUGCGUUUUGAAGAUGGAAUUGCCAUAGUCUCUCUGGAGUCACCUUGCGUGAUGCGGUUCAGUCCCGCAGAGAAGGGAGAAGGUGAAGACGUGGAUGUUUUGUUGAGCCCAGGAUCUCUUAUUCUCAUGUCUGGAGAAGCUAGGUAUGGAUGGAAACACGAGAUUAACCGGAAACAGAUUGGGUUUCAGGUAUGGGAAGGAGAAGAAAUUGAUCAGAAACGAAGAAUCUCCGUUACCUUGAGAAAGCUAUGUCCAUCUUAGGUCUGACUAGCUUAGUUUAGUCAUCUUUUUGGUAUACUGUAUGUGCUUAACUACUACUUGCAUGAGGAAAAACUUUUAGUUCUUAUAUUUCCCAUUUUUAGAAAAUGUUAUUAAACAUACAGAACAGUAAUUGAAAUACUUAUGAUUAUAAUAAAUAUUUAA